AUGGAAUCUCUGCUAAAAACCCUCAAAGAACAGGUUACCUGUUCAAUCUGUCUGGAUACUUUCACCGAUCCUAAGACAAUAACUUGCCUGCACACAUUCUGCUGUGAGUGUUUGAAGAAACACGCACUGAUCAGCCAAAGGAACGGAAAGUUUCGCUGCCCUGAAUGCCAGGCUGAAGUCUAUCUUCCCCAAGCAAAUCGCUUUGAUAAACUGCUGACAAGUUUUCAUCAUAAUAGGUUGCUGAGUUUGCUGGCUGUCCGACAGAGUAGCGAUGGCAAUGAGACCAGAUGUAGCAUUUGUAAGAUAAAGAGCGCAGAGAUAAGUUACUGCUUCGAAUGCACUAAAUUCAUGUGCAGUGACUGUGUAAACGCACAUCAACUUUUUAGUCACUUUACAGACGGACACAAGGUGAUGCCAGUCAAACAGUUCCAAUCUGAAGACUACGAGGCGCUAAUGAAGAGACAGUCAUUUUGCUCUCAGCGGUAUCAUGAGCGCGAGGUAUUAAGAUAUUUUUGUCUCAAAUGUAAACUAUGUGUUUGCCAAAUUUGCCUCACUACGGAUCACAAGCCACACGAAGGCCAUGACGUUGAACUAUUGGAUAAAGUUGCGGACGUCGAGAAAGCUAAGAUCCUGGAGAGAGUCGAUAUGUUAAAAGGAAAGACCAAAAUUUACCGCGAAGCGAUUCAUAACAUUGCAAAAACAGAGCUCGAGCUGCAAACGAACGCUAUGGAUGCUAAACGUGAAGUUUUCCACACAGUGGAACAAAUGAUUGCUGAGAUUCGCGAAAGGGAACUUGAGAUCUGUACCCUUCUCGAAAACACGAGAGUGUCGCGAUUGGAAAUGAUUAAUUCGGCAAAGACACACUUCCAGUCCUUGCUAAAGCAGAUCAACCAAGCAGUCGAGUUUGGUGAAAAUCUGUUGCAAAGAAGCUCCAGUUCGAACAUAAUGCAAUGGAAACCGAAACUUGAGCAGUGUUGUCACUACCUUGAAGAUACUCCAAUCUUAGAGUUUCCGGUCAGUUCCUUUGUGAAGUAUUUUCCAAAUUUUGAACCAGAGAAGUUGAAUGUUGGUUUUGUGGCAACCAGUGAACCAAUUAUAGAGGGAAUGAAUCAAGUUUUCCAAGCUGGUGUAGAGUCAAAGCUGAAAGUCUACCCCAGAAUCCAAGGCGGAGUGAAGAGCAAACUCCGUGUUGAAGUGCUUGUACAACCCGCUGAUAAAGUAGGAAGUGUAAAAACUUACGGAAAAGAAGAUGGAUCUUUGCAAGUCAAGUUUACACCAAAGGUUCCCGGUUCCUUCAAUAUCUUAGUGAGCAUUAAUGGCAAAGUGCUUACAACCAGCUCUUACACUGUUCAAGUAAAGCAACGGCUCAUUCAGGUUGUUAGAGAAUUGGAAUUACAAGGAGAAAGUCUUCAAGCGCCGACUGGAAUUGCUGUGAACAGCAAAGGACAAAUCGCUGUUGCUGACAAGAAAAAACACCGCGUCUUCAUAAUUGACGAAGAAAGAAACUGUGUAAGAAAACUUGGUUGUCAUGGCAACAACGUUGGACAGCUUAAUUACCCACUUGGUGUUACUUAUCUUGACGAUGAUAAUAUUCUGGUGGCGGAUCAAGCAAAUCAUCGCAUCCAGCAAUUUAACAUUCAAACAGGGAACUCUGUGAAAAGCUUCGGAAAUAAAGGCACAGGAGACGGUGAGUUUCGGAAUCCUUUUAGCGUUUGUGUGGAUCAUAAAGGGCGUGUUAUUGUCGCUGAUUACAAUAAUAGCAGAAUCCAGGUUUUAUCGCAGAAUGGUGAACUUUUACUUAAAUUUGGAGACAGUGGACCGGGAAGACUUAGCAGUCCUUGCUCAUGUAUCUAUCAGGAGGAUAUGUUUAUCGUUUCCGAAUGGGGAAAUCAUUGCUUAAAGGUUCAUAACAAUUCAGGGACGUUUUUGCACAAGAUUGGAGAAAAAGGCGAGUUGGAUGAUCAAUUGCAUCGUCCAUGGGGAUUGUGUGUCCAAAAACAAGGCAAUCAUCACAAUCUUCUUGUAUGCAAUGCUCGCAAUGGUCGUGUUGAUCAGUUCACAAUGGAGAGUCGUUUCACCGGAAAAACGAUUGAUACCUUAAAGUACCCUGUAGGAAUUACUACAACACCAGAUGGUCUCAUUUUAGUCUCAGAUACGGACGCCAAAAAAAUAUAUGUUCUCAAAUAG